UUGUGUAAGCAUUCAAAGCAAAAUUUUCAUAUUUUCCGCAUCACGUUACAAUGAGCUAGAUUAUGUAAGAAAUUGUAAAAUGCAUAAAAGCAUUUUCCGUUCACAUAAAGAGCGAUUGAAUUUCUACAGCUGAAUAUGUGUUACAUCAAAUCAUCGAAAUGGACUCUUAUAAUUCUAGUCACAAUCAUAAGAAAGGCCAACGUACAAUUAGCGUAUCCAGUUUACAUGCCUCCUCCUCCUCCGCCAAUGAUCGCAAUGCCACCACCAAUGCAAAUACCAAUCAUCGCCAUCGAAAUACCUGAACAGACUGUCCCCACUACUACCACUACAACGACCACGGAAAAGAGUGUUGCAAUAGCCAUCCCUGUACCCGUGCCUAUGCCCGUGCAAGUAGCUGUGCCGGCAUAUGCCCCUUCAUAUUGCAUAGCAUCUCCCAGACCAAAGAACUGUCCGCCAUGCCCUCCGUGUCUAUGCAUGCCGCAAUGCACACCGGCGUUCUUCUCAUAUUGUUCACCAUGUCACUUGAAAUGUCGCUGCCGUAAUCCAGGAGAUGCACCAGUUCCUUUACCACCUGUUCCACCAAUGCCCGUACCAGCUCCUGUAUAUCCUAUGCCGAUGCCUGUAGCGCCAGGACCACCACCUGUUGUAGUCGUGCCAAUGCCACCGCAAAUACAACCCAGACCAAGGCGAUGGAAACCAAAACCAAAGUAUUCAAGUUCAGAAGAAUCGAGUGACGAAACGAGCAGUGACUGUGAUUAUCUACGGCGAGGAAAGAAAUUUAAACGCCGCAAAUUAAGAAUACUCAGACGCAAAGCAAGUUCAGAAAGUGAGAACGAACUAGUGAAGCCAGUGCUGACGUAUGUAUCGAAUAAUGGUGAAAUUAAAUAUGAGAAAAAGAUAAGUAACGAUGAAGCUGAUCAAUUAUUAAAUGGACGUGAUAACGGAAGGAGAUAUAAAACAGUGAGAGUCAUGACAAGAGAGGAUAAUUCAAAUAAACAGCAAGUUGUAGUGAUGUCUAAUGAUGAAGAUAAUAAAGCAAGGUACAAGCAAGUGGUGCUUCGAAAUGGACCAAGCCACGUGCUGAGUAGUGGGAAGAAAGAAUUGAUAUUUAGACCUCCUGGUAACAAGAAGAUUAGCAAUUUAUCUGUGUCGUUUAAUAUAGAAUAGAUGAAUUUUAAAGUAGAUGUUUAUAUUUUUGUAAAUAA